AUGUCGACCGCAAGCAGCUCUCCUCGCAGGUCUGUUCGCACUGCUAAACCACCCACCCAACGUGACGACCUGGACCGCCUUGGAUACACCUACUCGCUACGCGUAGCCGCUCUGCAGCGCCGCCUCAAGGCGCCGUCAGUCGCGUCGCCAAAGAUGACUCUCGGCCCUGCCGCCAUCAUUGGCACCCUUCCCCCAGGAUCCAGCUUUGCGAGCAACGGCGAGAUCACACCAAAGAGCCCAGCCUUCAGCUCGUUUCGCUCCCCAGACCCCGUCGACCUUCCUCUUCCAAUACGCCGGAAGAAGAGUGUUCUCUCCCUCCGCCUGGGGAAGAAAGACGAGCUCAAGCUCCCACGAGAGUUCCUCACCGAGUUCUGGGUCGUACUCUCGGCUGAGGUAGGCGACAUAGGAUGGACGCUUGCCGUGCGGACCUUCCUGGGCAUGCUCAAGAAGGGCACCAAGACCGCUACAGGCGCCAACAUGCGCGAAAUCACCACCCUAUAUGCCACCUUCACAUCAUGCCUCCCGCAGGCGGGGAUGGGCUCAUCACCUAAAGUUGCUCAUCAGAGGCACUUCCUCACGCUCCUGUACAACUCGCUGCCGACUAGCACCCACUUCUCCAACGCCGACGAGAAUGAUCGAGACCUUCUCUUCCGACUCCGUGCAGAGAUUCAGUCCCUGCUUCACGGGCCAGGAUCACCCAUAACCGCCAUGAGCCCCACAGGUGCAGAAUUCUCCCCGCAGCUCGUAGCACAAGGUAUCGCCGCCAAGGCUGGCCAUGGUCUGUUCCCCACGAGUCCUGUGAGCCCGACAUCCACCAUUAACCCCAUGACACCCACGAGCCCGAUCACGUCGACCCCAUCACGCCGCGCCAACCGGCCAGCGAGCGACGCAGGGAGCGUUCGCCGGAAACCAGUCCCGAUGUGGACAGGAAACGGCGAAGGGCUGGACAACUUGGUCGAGGCGGCCGGCUUGAUCUGGGACAUCUCGCAGGACGCGCUGGAGCAGGAUGCCGAGGAGCUUGACCGCUUCGUGCUCGAGAAGCUCUACCUGGACCAGCUGAAGCGUGAUCUGAGCUUCAUCUCACGGCAACCCGGGGGCGCUCGACGAUCACGACACAUCGACCUGUCCAAGGAGCUGGGUGACUUGAUGUCUGGUUUCCCUGAACUCGCGAUACCCACGUCACCAGCCGCAUUUGGGCAACAGCAGGAGACCUUCUUCACGCCUCCCAGGCCGGCAGCCGUGUUCGCUCGCCUCUCACGCCGCGCCGAGGCAUUAGGGAGCCGGAGAGCGAUCGAGCUUGUCGACCACUGCCGCAAGAUCUGGGGUGUCGAGAAGCGCGACGCCAAGGAGCGGGCCAUCGAGAUGCUCGUACGGCAGUGGGACGGUGCGGUCGGGACCGCUGAGGAGAUUCCACUGGGGCGAAAGCUUGCGGGUGCCGUCGCAGACCUCUCUGCAAUCCUCGAGCCAGAUGAGGACAUCCCCCACCCACUGGAAGAGCUGCAGAACUGCCUCUUCAAGCACCUCAACAAAGCUGUAGAUGACAUCUUCCCCGUCACCAAGGACCUGGCCCAGCCUUUACCGCCUUCCGUCGUUACGCUCUUCCAAGCGGCACCAAGUUUGCUCCUGCAGUCGCCACGUGCAGUGGAGAUGUUUGACGCCCUUGCAGAUGAGCUCCGCGGCCAAGCGGUCGCAGAGUACGUCACAGCGUCCAUGGAACUCAUGGGCGACGGGCACAGCCAGGAGAUCGGUGCGAGCACUGGUGAGAGCGGCCGGGAUGCCGUGGUGGAGGGCUUUGAGCGUGUGGCGGCAUGGAUGGAGGACGAGAUUGCCGGCGUUGAGCAGACUUGGCCUCGGGGCGGGCCCUUGGAUCCUGCCGCAAUCAUCGCGAGCAAGCAGCUCCCGCUCUUCCUCGCCGAGAUGCAAGUGCUCGAGACCGCGGUGGGUUUAGCGGACAUCUUUGUACUGUUCGACGCGACGCACCGUCUCCUGCAGGCGUGGGAGCGGCUCUGCCCUGGCUUGAGCGACUUUGACGCGGACACGUUCUUCGAGCCGCACGUCUAUGCGUGGUUGCGCGACACUGAGGCAACCGAGACGCACCAGUGGGUCGCGCGGACAAUACGCAUGGACGAGUGGCUCCCAGAGGGCGAAGGACGGCACUCGCAGAGCGUCGUCGACCUCUUCGAGUUUAUCCGCAAUGCGACGACGGUCAUUCAUAAAUUGCCACUCCGAGAGUACAAGCGCGCAAUAUAUAUGGUCGACUUGGCCCGGACGGCGUCGGCCGCCCUCGAGCAAUAUGCUGGCACGGUCUCUGGUCUGUUCUUGGCCGAGAUCGCACCUGCAAAGGCCGCCAAUGAUGCGGUACAGUCCAACGGCAAGUGGCUCUCGAAAGGUAAGUAUGCGUACGGCAAGCUCGACGCCAAGAUCGAAGCCCAGAUCGACAGCCGCCGCCGCCUCCACGACGCCUUCAUGGUGUCACCUGCCACGCUCGUCAAGCUCACAAACCUGGGCGCGGCGGGAAGCUUCAUCGACGACCUCGCGCACGCGCUCGAGGCUGAGCAAACAGCGCGCGUGCUGAGCGCCGGUAUAACUGCGCUGCCGGGGAGGCAAGUGUUCUCAGUGCAGGUCGUGCGCGGGCAGGGGCUCCUGACUCGCUCAUCCAAGCCUGCGGACGCGUUCGUUGCGAUCCUCGACGGGCCUGUUCGACUCUUCAAGAGCAGGACAGUGCUCGGCACCGAAGACCCGACGUGGAUGCAGGCGUUUGAGGUGUCGGCUGCCACUGCCAAGCCCCUCGAGGUGGUAAUCUUCGACCGCCAAUUAGUGGGCAAGCAUGAGCGCCUCGGCGACGCGACAUUAAUGCUCGACCCAGCCCACUUCUCUUCUGAAGCGGAGCGCGAGGUCGUGCUCCCCCUCACGCCACGCGGCCGCAUUACGUUGCGCAUCUCCAAUGUCGGCCGCGAGAGGCACGACGUCGCCUACCACCUCAAUUCAUCGCUGCGUGUUCUGGAGCGCACCGCGAACGAUAUGCAGCUGGCUCUCAUCGACAGGAUGGCGGAUCAUCUCCGCAUCCUCCUUAGCCCCAACACCGUCGCGACCGUAGUCAAGCCCGUCAAGGCGCGCAAGCUUGUCGCGCUGUCCGGCGCUGACAUCGAUGCUUCACUCGUCCCCGUUUUGGACUACCUCGACGAGAACCUCGCGACCAUCAACGCGACCUGCGCGCCAGCAAUGCGCGAGACGCUCAUCCUCGCACUGUGGGAGCGCCUCGUCGAUAUUCUCCUCGGCCUCCUCAUCCCGCCGCUCUCAGACCGUCCAGCCUCAUCUGGCCUCUCUCCCAUCGAGGCCGACGUCGUCUUCAAGUGGCUACAGGCCCUCAAGGCGUUCUUCGCUGCCGGCAUUCCAGCCGCCACCCUGCAGGCCGGGGUGUACCGCGACAUGCUCCUAGUCGGCCAGGCGCGCGACCUCCCGACGCCCGCGCUGCGGGAGCGUGCCGCCACAGCCGUGCGCGCCAGCUCUGGGGGCGCACCCAUCCGCCACAUCCCUACGGCCGUGGCCAUGGGUGGAAGGGCGCGCACGGACGCGGACAACGCCCGCGUUGCCGAGCUCCUCCUCCGCAUCCUGCGGAUGCGUGUGCUCGACGACGACUUCCUCCCCUCGCAACUUGCCGCGCUCACCCGUGCGCGUGCUUGCUAA